AGUGUUACUAUUGAAUUGAUAUUAUGAUAAGCAAACAACAGCAAUGAAGAAACGUACCAGAUCUUUUGCCAAAUGCAUAGGGCUUUUUACUUAUUUCUUUGUUGAGACGAUCAGGUGCACAACAAUGAAGAGAGCAGAUCCAAAUGUGUGUCCAAGAAUAGUCAACCUUAAUGGAACGCAAGUAAAGCUCAUAUUUGACUGUUGUCCUGAUUUCUCUUACCAGAAUGGAAAAUGUCAAGCAUGUCCAGCAGGAAAAUUUGGUAAGGAUUGCUUGCAGACAUGUAUUUCUAAAUACCACGGGGUCCAGUGCAAACAGAAAUGUAACUGUACAAAUAAUCCGAAAUGUGACCCAGUUCAUGGCUGUGUUUGUGAUACAGGAUUUACCGGCUUAAACUGCUCAAAUGCAUGUCCAUCUGGAACAUACGGUGUGAACUGCAAAGAGGAAUGUUUCUGCGCACACGGUGCUGAGUGUGAUCCUGUAACUGGAGACUGCUUAUGUACUGCUGGAUGGUAUGGGAAUCACUGCACAAAGGAAUGUCCCAUGGGAACAUUUGGAAUCAAUUGCAGUGGAAUUUGUAACUGCCCAUAUGGUGAGACUUGUGACGCUGUAACCGGAAAUUGCAAUUCACCUAAAGAUGAGUUGGAAGACCUGAGUUCAGAAAAAGACACUGAUAAAUCAAGUACAGUGAUGGUUUACAUCAUGAUGGCUGCUGCUCUUAUUGGUCUGGUAUGUGUUGUUACAAUGAUCGUGAAAGUAAAGGAAACUGUAUGUCGUCAAGUACAAAAACCAAAGAAGGAUACUUCAAAACCAAAGUUGAAACGCCGGUUAGCAAAACGAAGGCGAUCGUCAGUCCAGACACAAGACGCUCAAACUGGAUCGUUUAUCAUAGAUUCAGAAUUUUCCAUGUUUCCACCUCCAAGGGAAGAAGAUGUUUAUUGCGAAAUUGGAGACAUAACCACACUAGAACCAAAUCGUUAUUAAUGUCUACAUACAUAUGCAGCCGUCAUCAAUUGGAAUAUCUGUAUCUCUUGGUCUCCAGCAAUAAGUAGUAUAAAUGGCAAUCAAAUCACUCUCAUUAUAAAAAUUCAAAGAACUUUUAAUCAAACAAACGGACUUUAAACCUAAUAUCAAUUGUUAAAUUCUUUAAUUGAUAACAUUUGCUUUUAAUAUAGUGUAUAUUGUCUAUCAAACUAACAGAUUGAUUCAAUAAUGAUAUAAUGACCAUUCCAACAAGUAAUAAACAAAAAUGUUGAGGAUAAGUUAGAAGUGUUUUAUUGAUUACAAUUCUUCUACCAUUGAGUAUGUAUUUCUUUCAGCAUUUUGGUUUUUUUUCGUAUUUGAAUCUUUUUAAAAGGUUUGAUUCAUACGUAAUUUGCUCCUAUAUCUACAUUGUAUUAUAAUAUUUUCAAAUACAGACUAUCAUCAUGUUCACAAAUUGUAUUAUAAUCAUUUAACAAAUGUUUAUUAUUAUAUCACAAACUUUAUUUGGAUUAUACUGUCAUUUUGUUCAUAGACAUUUGUUAACAUUUGUAACGAUUAAUUUGUUAAUAAGGCGUCUUAUAAUCUUGUCAGGGUUUAUAUUUGAAGGACAAAAAAACACAAUGCAGAACAAGGUAGAAAAGCUAUGUUUGACAUAUUCCGAAUGAUGUAAACGUUUUUUGUUGCUAUCUAAGUGUGAUAGAAAAUAAUUUCAUUUUGUUCUAUAGUGUAGUACAUGCAUGAACUGAGUGUGUUAAAAUAAUGCAUUAAUAAUAUCAGUCCAUUGAUUUUCUCCUAUAAUGCAAUUUAAACAACAGAUCUGUGGACCAUGCGAUUGUUCAUGAGUUGUGUUGCAUACAAUAAAUGUAUAUGUGUAUUGUU